GUUCUGCCAGUUUGGUCCUGUGCGGGCCCUGUAACGAGCCGCCUGCCCUUAUCUGCCAGCCCUCGCUCGUCCAGCGAGUCCUGGAAGGAACUCUGGGCAAUGCGCCUGCGCAGUCGGGGUUCGUACGCCGUAGAAGACGCUCGCCGAAGGAACGGGAAGCAGCGGGAGCAACAUGUUCUACGCGGUGCGCAGAGGCAGGACGAUCGGAGUCUAUCAGACCUGGGAGGAGUGCCGAGAGCAGGUGAACAGGUACCCGGCCGCCAGCUUCAAGAAAUUUGCCAGCGAGGCCGAUGCUUGGUCCUUUGUGGGCAGCGAGGCACGGCAGUCGUCAUCCCAUUCAGCAGGUUUUAAUGGCAUAUCUAGUUUAACACAAAAGAGUGACAGCUACUGGAAUGAACUGGAGACAGCAAGCCCAAGUUACAGCACAUGCAAGAGACCAUAUGAGCAGUCUUCGGAGGAAGAAUCUAACAGAAAACAUGUAAAAUACAAUGAGACAUACUUGGCACCUUCAGUGAGCAAAGAUAAAUUCUCAUAUAUGGGUGACUCUGUAGUUGUUUAUACAGAUGGCUGCUGCUCAAGUAAUGGGCGUCGUAAGGCACGUGCUGGAGUAGGAGUCUAUUGGGGACCAGACCACCCUUUAAAUACUAGUGAUAGGCUUUCUGGACGGCAGACCAACCAAAGAGCUGAAAUACAUGCAGCCUGCAAAGCAAUAGAGCAAGCAAAGAGUCAAAACAUCAAGAAACUGGUUCUUUACACUGAUAGCAAGUUCACUAUAAAUGGUAUAACAAGUUGGGUAGACAACUGGAAAAAUAACGGCUGGAGAACAAGCACAGGAAAAGAUGUAAUAAAUAAAGAAGACUUUGAAAGACUUGAUAAGCUUUCAGAGGGAAUGGAAAUUCAGUGGAUGCACGUUCCUGGUCAUGCUGGCUUUACAGGAAAUGAAGCAGCUGAUAGACUUGCAAGAGAAGGAGCUGGAAAACAAAACUCCUAGCAUGCUAUCAUGACUAGAAAACUUCAUUCUUGCUAACUAAAGACUGUUUAAUCCAUAAGACAGACUCUCUUUUCAGUAUGAAAACUUCCAGUUGGAAUUGUUCAAAAUAAGUUAAUUUAAACUUUGUUAUAAUUAUACUUACCUUAUUUCUGGUUUAAACAUUUUAAAUAUACGCUGUCCUGUAUAAACACACCUACUUUUUUAGGGUGUUCAGGUUACUUGGUUAAUCACUGCUUUGUUGGUAGAAGCUUGUUUUAACAAUUAACUGAACAUUAAAAUAUUGGUAAAAGAAA